AUGCCCGUACGGGCGCGGGUGACCGGACCGGCCACAGGCGCCGGGGGGGGGGGGGGGGGCGCCGAGGGGGCCGCGGGCACCGGGGGUGCUGGGGGGGCCGCGGGCGCCGAGGGGGCCGCGUGCGCCAACGUCGAGGGCGCCGGAGGAGCCGCGGGGGCCGCGGGCGCCAACGUCGGGGGCGCCGAGGGCACCAGCGCCGUGGCUGCAGCCACCAGGGCCAGGAAGAAGAGAACUUUAGAUUCUGAGGAUGAGGACUAUGUGGCUGAAGAGGAAGAGGCCAUCUCAAAGAAGAAAGUUCUGAAAAAGGAAUAUGGCACAGCUGCUGCAACUAAGCCAGGAAUGAAGACAAAGGUUCCUGCCAAGAGAGUUCCUAUGUCAAAGGCUAGAACAUCCACUCAAGAAACUUUGGAAUCUGCACCCAAAGAACAGGUUGUGGCAGAGAAGAAGAGGAAAGAAAGGGUCAAGAAAACCACUGCCAGAGUAAUUGGGAAGCCCUCAAUGAUGGAAGAUGAAGAGGUUACUGCACCAGCACCUAAAGAUCAAAAGCUCAUGGGAGAUGCUAUAAGAUCAGGGGCUGCUCCAUCUAAGCCCAAAGAAGCUCCCAAGGCAGCUGCUCCAAAACCCAAAGCUGCACCCAAGAGGAGUACCAGGAACAUCCCAGCUGCAGAGAAGAACAAGGCCCAGUGCCUGAAGCUGCUAUAG